CUCAAGACAAGGUUGGCCCUCGAGUUGGCGGGUUGUCGACCGCCGCAACUUUCAUUGUCCGCGAUUUUUUCUCAUCUUGGUUUUUAUCUAUCUCUCCUCCACACUUUGUUUGCGUUUCUCAGCGGUUUGCUCGCGUCCUCAGCUUCUGUCUCCAAUUUGCCGCGCGCGAGUCUCCCGCCGGGGCUGCGGUGUUUUCCCGGCCAGCAGCCGGAAACGCUGCGCCAUGGCCGUCCUUCUUCUGCGAGUUUUCUAGAGCGUUUCGUCCCUUUUUAAAACGCACUUGAAGAUGGUCAGAGCGCUUCGGUUUCCGAGUUUCCUCCGGUCGCGUUCUCUCGCCGCGAGGCUCCGGGCGUCGCUCCUUUACUUGUGCCUGCACUUUUUGCUACUCCAACAUGCUGCACUCUCGUCUGGCGCCUCUCUCCACCGAUCUUCUUCCCGUUCUCCCGUUUUCCUGCCUUCCUCUCUGUCUCACGCGUGGGCUGCCAUUCCCUCUUUCAGCGAACAACCAUUUGAACGCGUCUCGCCACCCUCGGGGCAGCUUCCGCUCAACUCCUUCCACUCUGCGGGUCUAGGCUUCCUUUCUCUUCCCUCUUUCGCCCUCGCGCCUUUUCCUUCCCGUCUGGCUCUUUCUCUGCGCUUUUCCGAUUCUCGACGUCUCUCCACGUCCUCUCUCUGCGCCCAAGCAGGCCCUGUCUGCAAGCCGUCAGAAGCAGAGAUCGCCGCUGCUGUGCGAGAACGCGUGGCUGCGUCGAAACUCCAAAGGAAGGCUUCACCUCGGAUCGGCGGAUCGGCGAAGAGAGAGGCGAGAAGAGCGAGGGGCGCAGCCUCUUCUUCACCUUCUCAAAAUGGAAAUUUUGGAGCUGCUGGACAAACCGGUGAUGGCCGACUGCCCCUCGAGACGCGCCACCCUGGAGGCUCCUUGCGCGUGCGAAGACACCCCUUUGAAGAACGAGGAGACAAAGGCCCAAGAAGAGAAGGUGGACGUGGAGGCGAGGGCGACCCGUGGGCGAGAGACUCGUUGAGCAGAAACAGUCGAGCCGAGCGAGAGGCGUGGCGCAUGGAGAGACAAAACGAGGAGGAAGAGCUCUUGAGGAUGUGCGCAGAGAACAGGCUUGCACUCGAGCGCCGAAGGGAGAGACAAGACAACAUGCAAGAGGACGCAGAUGAAGAAGCGAGUCGUCAGCUUGCACGGGAGAAACUGGAGCAACGCGUGGCUCUCAUGGAGAAGCAACUGGUUGCCUGGAAGCGUGAAGAAUUCCGCGGUCAAGAGGCGUCUUUCCAGGACUAUCUGUCGACUCUCCAACAGGCAGCACAGCAAGAAAAUGAAUGCGUCCGUCGGUUUUUCGGGGACGCGAGUCGCCCCGAAACUCACCGAGAAGGCCCUCUUCUCUCCUCUUCUUCCUCUUCUGCCUCUUCUUCCCCACACCUCUCUUCACCGCCGUCUCUUCCACGCACGACUUCUUGUCUCUCUUCUUCGUCUGCUUCCUCGUCGCCGCAUUCCUCAUCGUUCCCUCUGUCUUCCGCAGGUCUCGGUGCCGCUGUGGACAGCAGGAGUUUGGGGGAGAGCGACGAGCCAGCGCCUCCGACGCUCCGGCCGUUCUUUCCCGUACGAGGAUUUGGCGGAGUGGCAGUUUUUCCUCUGCCGGAGGAAAGACGAAGUUUGGAGACAGACGACGCACUCGGAGAGAAGGGACAGAAGCCGUCAGCUCCCUGGCGCCUCCGCCUGCAAGCCGAGCGCGAGAGACGCACUCCGCCGACGCUUCGGCCGCCUUCCUACGCGGCGAUUGCGGAGCAGAAAGAGGCCGAGAAACGCGUUUUGCGAGCGCGGCGAGUGUGGAAGCGACUCAGAAAAGAAAUGGCAGCUGCAGCGACGAAGACGAGUUCGGAGCGAGUUGGAGACAAGCCCCACUCGCAGGCGGAAGAGACUCUCGAGCAGAGGCAAGAGGAACUGGAGGGUGGAGUCGCAGCCACUCAAGAAGAGAGAGGAGAAAGAGGCAGAGAAGAAGAAGAACAGAGAGACGAGCAGGCGGAAGAGGAGAGACCAGCCUUGCCCGCUGCGUCUCCUACGGCGAGUCUUCCUUCUGGAGAAUUCAAGCCGAAGCAGUCUCUCGGCCAGAACUUCCUGAGUGACCCGAAUAUAAGCCGUCUCAUUGCGACGAGCCUCGAGGACGCUUCGCCGGGGGGCGUUGGAGUCGUGGAAGUGGGCCCUGGCUCGGGAGCGAUCACCCGCUUUCUUCUUCCCAAGUUUCCGCGGAUGUCUGCUGUUGAAACAGAUCCGCGCGCGGUGUCUCUUCUCUCGCGCCGUCUGCCUACCCUGAACAUCAUCCACGGCGAUGUCUUGCAGGUUUCAUGGCCCGAUUUGGCGCGGGAACGAGGGACGCGUCUCUCUGUGGCUGGAAAUCUCCCCUUUUACUUGACUAGCCAGCUCCUCUGUUGCCUCCUCGACAGCUGGCGCUUCAUCGACCAGGCACUCGUGACGAUUCAGUGGGAGAUGGCUGAGAGACUCACAGCUCGCGUCGGCGAACGACAGUACAGCCGUCUAAGCGUCGUGUUUGCACUUUAUGGCGCCUGCCGAAUAGUGAAGAAGCUUCCGAGGUCGGUUUUUUAUCCAGUUCCAAAGGUGGAUGCUGCCUUGGUGCACAUCAAAUUUCGACAAGAGCCUCUGGAAAAGAUUCUCCGCGGCGUCGACCCUCGCCAGUUCCGGAAUGUGCUGCAUGCAGCCUUUGGACAGCGCCGAAAAAUGCUAAGAUCGAGUCUCAAGCCGGUUUUGCCGCACGGUGGAGCCGUGCCUGAACGGUUCGCCUCUCUGCGUCCGCAACAGCUUUCUCCGACAGAUUUUCUGGAGUUGACAGAAGCCAUUUUCCCCUCUAAAGAUGCAGAUCUGAGAAGCGACCUUCAAGGCUGUUCUGGCCGAGAAGGGAAGGAAACGCGCGAGGAACGCCCAGGACGUUUCCUCGAAGAUGGAGAAGAACUCUCUCGCAUUUGGCGGAAAGAGAAACACGGAGACUACUAGGCGAGGACUCCACGCUGAUUAAUGGGUCAAGAGAGAGAGACGGAAGGAGGAAAACGCGAGGAAGUGGAAAAUAGUGAGAAGCGAGGGGAAAGAGAGACAAGAGAAGUCGAAGAAGAGAGCGGGAAGUGCAGGAACAGAAAAGAAAGAAGAGAGAGUGAAGAGAGAUAAAAGACAGACAAACGAGGCACGAGUUCCGUCGAGCAGCAGGGAAUCUCUUAAUUUUUUUCUCGCUUCUCAGGGGUCGUUCAGGUGUCUCGAAUCCUCCUGUCUUCUGCAUCUUUCUUCACUCGAACCAAGUUAGGCAGCGUGCAUGCAUAGUCGAUCUUUUUCAUUUUCCCCAGAG